AUGAUAGAUUUGCAGAUAUAUAAACUUGUGAAUUAUUUAAAAUAAGUGAUACUUAUUUAAUUUAUGGACUUAUUUUUCCGUGUGUAUAUGAAAGUUUAUUUUAAGUAAAUUCUAUUUAUUUCAAGUAAAUGACGAGUGUAUUUUAAGACUAUUCAUCAAGGAGGUAUUUUUUGCAAAUAUAAUGUUACUUAAAAGAAAACAACCAAAAAUUUUUUUUAGGAGAAACUGCUUUUCUUAGCAUAAGAACGUAUAUUUCUGUGUAUAAUAUUCUGUAUCUGCAAAAUUAAUUUAGUGACUGUAUUGUAAUUAUAAUACUGAUGUUAUCAUAACAUUUUUUUUUCAGUUUUAAUGGAAAUAGAAAAUAGAAAAUAAAGUUUGGAAUCAUGGAGAGACAAUUAACGAGAAUUCUUAUACAUGGAAAGGGUGGAGCUGAGAACAUUCUGGUGUACGCGAACUUGUGGAGUUUAACAGAUUGCUACGAUGUUGCAAAACAUCAUUCACGGUCAUCGUGUAAACAUUGUUUCCCGUCAAACUUCACGACAGCCAGCGGGGGGUGAUCGAUCGCGAAAAAGCAGCGGACCGACACCGAUAGGGCCGGACACGUUUGUCACUCGAUGCCGCGAUCGAUUGGCCACGACGGUAUCGACGACGACGGGCUGUUUGCAAAAGUUCGUCAAAAGCGGAACAAUAAAAAAGAAUGCGAAAGUGCAACGGGAAACAACGGAGAUGCGUCUGUCGGAUGGCGAAGAAGGAUCCGGGGGAAAAAAAAAACAACGCGGAAGCAUUGCGAAGGAAACCGUGAAAAUCGAAGGACCGGCCGAUGAGCCGAUUCCAAAUGAAAAUGAAAAAGGUGUCGGGCUCGUAGUGUAAUGGUAGUCGAGCAAACUGCGAGCGCGAGGGUAACGCGGGGGGUGUCGGGUCUGCUGGGGAAUGUGAUGAAAACUUCGACGAGCCAGACGAUUAAUCCCCUUUGUCAUUUAAAUUGAGGCCGAUGCCGAUGCCGAUGCGUGUCACGCGGCCGUGGUCGCGUUGUCAAUCGUUAUUGGAACGGUUAUCGAUUUACUGCGACUCCCUCCCGUGCCGCGGAAUGGGUUACGAGGGCUGGUGUAAGGGGCGCAAGUAGUGGCACGUCGAUGAUAAUUGAAAUUCGAGUAGCUACGGUAACGGGAUGUUUAUGCAAUAACGCGUGGAGCGAUAGCUGAGUUUGAGGCGUUUCGGCCGUGCGGAGCACGUUGCAGGUUUAAUAUUGGAUUUUCUCUCCUUGAUAGGAAAACCUACAUUCUCUUUUGUGCGCAUCCCGCGCCCCUUAUUUUAAUCGUUCACCACUUUCCUUUUGUACAUUGUUCUCCCGUUAGACCUUACAGACACGUAGCGAUUCAUUUUGCAGCACAAAAGAAAUUGAAGAUUGUUUGAGGAGGUUAUAUCUAUAAUGAUAUGGAAUUAUUGAGGUUAAAUGGAAAAUUUUUAUUCGAAAAUUUUUGUUUGAAUAAGUUUGAAACAGUUUUUAGCCUCUCUGUAAUAAUGGAAAAAGCUUUUAUAUUAAUACUAUUUUCUCCAAGCUCAAAGUAAGAUUUUCGAAAUUCUUCAUCUACAAAAUUGCAAGGUUUGAUCUGCUUAGUAAUAACUAAAGCGCGAUUUACGUGUAAAAUUAGAAAUAAUCCAUGUUACGCUUACACAUAAACGUACAAUAUUAUCAAAAAUAGUGAAAAUUAUAUUCUUUUUAAUUUUUAAUAUUCUAUAUUAAGAAUUAAUUUUAUUUUAAUAUUAUUCUUUAUCUCGCGUGUUAUCCAAUUUAUAAUAAUUUGCACGUAUUGUCGACACGAAAAAGAUUUAUGUAAGCAUAAAUAAUUCAUGGAAACAUAAUUUUGAAAUGUACGGCAUAACGCUGGUAAUUAUUUAACAUUAUUUAAAUAUACUUAUCCAGCAAAUGCUUUUGAAAUGUUCAAUGUAAUAAAACUGAUUUUUCAUUGUAAAAAUUAUUCAAAUAGCUUGUCUUUUUUUUGUAUCUUUUAAUACAUGCACUGCUAAGCAUACAUAAUCAGCAAAUGAGAAGAAAAGUUUUUGGUUAUUCGUGUCACAAGAAUUUAGUUUUUCCGAUAAAAAAAUUAAUACGACCGCCAUCGCGUCGCCAGAACAUUGGCGGGAACAUACAACUCUUUAUAAGAUUCCGAUCAAGUUGCUACGGUUGGACGUCGUACCGGAAAUCGAAGGAGUUAUGUAAACCCGAUUUCAGAGCGGCAAUUGAAUGCGUGGCGGAACCAAUCGACUUUUGAACUUUCCGGUUACGGGACUUACGAGACGCGCGCGUAGCUUCCAACUUUUGUGCCGCGUGCCGCGGAAUCGAUGGAGAUUACAAUAGGCUGUCUGACGUUGUUACAUGAAAACUUUGCUCACGUUGCUUGCGCUGCCACUUCCGCCCCCGAGGACAAAAUCUCGAAAUUCUGACGCGACGAUCUGUCUGAAGCUAAAUGACAAAACCUUGUCGUGGUUCUUAAGUUUCGUAUUGCAGUUUUCUUGCAGCAGCAUAACCGAGAUUAACAGAAUUAAGAGAAUUUUAGAUUUUAUGUUGAAAGUUUCGAUUGUAUUGAUUUAAUUGUGUGUUUAUAGUGUAUAUAUGUAUAUAUAUAUAUAUAU